GAUCGAUUAAACUUAAAACGCUACCAACCAAGUGGAUGGAACCUGUGAUUAACAAAUCAAACUGGUCCUGAUUUAUCAGAAAAUCCAAAGCUUCAUCAACUGUCAAAAAAGCUUUACAAAUCUGGUUUGUCCUCAAAUUUUCUUCUUCCAACUUUAACCAAAGCUUUUUAUGUUGAUGACACUUCUCCAACAACUCAUCUGAAGAAGCGUGAUUACUGUUAUCUAGAACUGGCCAAUCAAACCCAAGUUAGUACUCCACGUGACUUACCAGGCCUACACCUUGUCGCACUAUUACUAACAAACAAAACAGCAUCAAAGUGACAAGUUUGCAACUGUUUUAGUAAGUUUUCAGCGCACCUAUCACCAGUAACAUUAAACAUUAAAGCUUUCUUCUUUUUCGAACUUUUGGUAAUGUCUUUGAACCAAUUGGAACAAAUAGUGAUGCUUUCAAGUGUGUGUGCGCCAUCUAGGUAAAACCUAAAAACUGAUUCAAGUGACUUAAGUCAUUUCGGACGAGACUCACGAUAUGUUCCUGUCGUGUUUGACAUGAAACCGGCCAGGCCAGGUGGUACUAAAUAGGGCCUUUUCUGUGAUUUCUUUUGACAUAACAGACCCUAGAUUAUUGUUAUUUCCUGUAAAACAAUGUGAGUAUUUUGGAUUGUGAUAAGGGGAGUUACUUUGUGAUAACCAUGCGUUACAAAGAGCGACGGCAAGACUGGCGUUUAAAUUUAAAAUAUGUGGCGGGUGUGAGGAUUUAUUUGGUGGGAAUUUGAACUGUAAAUUAUCGACAAUUUCAAGUUGACACUAAAAAUCGCACAAUUGAGGAGAAAAUUGAAUUCGAGGGUUGUUAUACUUUUUUUUCAAUACUGCGUUCUUGUAACACUGCCAUCGCGGUCCCACAUUGGGGUACAGUGAAGGCCCUGCAAUUUUCUUUCAUAAUCCCGGCUUUAUUCCACGCUAUUGACUCAAUCGUCGACCCUAGUAAACUCACGUGGUCUAUACCGAGCGAUGUAAUACCGACAACAGGGACUUUCCUUCAAUAAGAACAUAAAAACUAAUUUUUCUGACGGGUCUCGAACCUGAGGACAUUAGUGCAGUCGUAUUCGCCCCCAAUUCCGACUUCGAUAAUCGCAACGUCGACUUUGCUUUCCAGGAAAACGCUGAAUGCCAUUAUCGUCAAGAACCGGAAGAAGAGGGGCAUGUCAUGCUCGUCAUUCUGUAAUUAGAAAUGAGUUAAAGGGCUUGUCAAGGGACGUAAAGACCUUUUUAUGGUCUAGGGCGUUGUAAAUUCUCCAGAAUGACUUCACAAAGUCGGGUUUUGAGAUCGGUUUGCCGUUUAUCCUGAUCCUUUCUCUGACUUCAAUCAAAUGGGGCGAUGAGAAAAAGCCUGUUUUGUAGCCGUGUUCCCGCAAAAUGCGUUCAGAGAAGGCACAUGUGGUGCCUUUGCCUUUCGUCCCAGCGACAUGUAUGACCGAUAAGUCGUCCAGAUUUUCCAGAGAUAGCCCAGCCCUUGAUUGCAAAAUGCAAUUUGGAUAAAUAAAUAUUUUACUACUUUAGAUAACUUUCUCAGUAACAAGUGGAACGCGAAAUUUGGCGUUUUUUAGUAGUCAAUUACCUUGCGAGAUAUUUUUUUACUUGAGUAAGUUGAUCUCCGUUGUGAUUAUUCGUCACUGUUUUUGCUUUAAUAUAUUGCGCGUUAGUUUGUAACUUAUUUAAAGCCACAAUACAAGCCUGAAAAGAAUUAUUAGGGGCAAUUAUACAAAAAAGUGACUUACAUCGUAAUCUUGAUUUUUAUUCGGCCUCAUUAUCUUACUGGGAAAUGUGGAAAAUUUUCUUUUCCCUAAUAAAAAAAUUCGGAGAGACAUUAGAAAAUUCGUUAGACACGUGCAUAGAAUGGAAAAACAAAAAAAGCGAUAAAGUACUUAAGUAAAUCAUCCGGAACCACCUUAUUUUAAGAUUGUUUUAUCUUAUUUACCUACUUACACAGUGUAAAUAAAAAUAGUUUUCUUUUGAAAUGAGGUUAGAAAAUGUGACAUUGACAACCUAUUUUGAUAAUUAAUCAAGUCGACUUGUGUUACGUAAACCGAUCAUAAUAAAAGUCACGUGAUCAAUUUUUUCGAAAAUUUGCAAGUCAGAUUGUUGGUGAUUCAUUCAUUUUUGCGCCUCCAAUCCCCGUAAUGUUGCGCAUUACGUCAAUUUUACGUUGGUGGUUCUUUUGAAUCGUGUAAACGCAGCUUUAUAAUUUAGUAACAAACACGCUUCACGUUGGUAGCCUUGUCAACGGCCAGUAAAAUUCGAUAUGGCUGUUGCCAUAUUGUGUUGUGGUUUAAAUCUCGAUUUAAAGGUCCAGAAUAGUGGGGAGAAUGUUAAUUAUUUUGCUUACUGACAGUUUUUCUAACUCUCCUCACUUCAUUGAAAGUCUGUACGUCAUGUAAAUAGUCGACAUGUCGUUUGAAAAUAUCGACGACCGGAUUUUCCAUCAACUCAAACUCUCCGUUUCAAAAGACUUAUUUGGGGCGAAGACGUAUCAGGAACCGAGGACUUCGGCGAAUUGCGACAGGUUUAUUCCCUGCCGGGCGGGGAAUAAUUGGGAUACGAGUUUCGCCACCCUGCCUGACACCAAUAAAAACUCACAAACUGGGAAAAAGACUAGGGAGACAGGGGAGAACACCAGAGACAGUUCUGUUUAUAACAUUCUCCUCAGAAAUGAACUUUUCGGGGAAAAUACCGAAGAUGUCAAGUCGCAGUGUGACGAAAGACAAGUGCUCACCCCCGUCAAGAACAGGAAUUUGUUCAGAUACGGGACCCCCUCAAAGAUGGAGAAAACGCCGAUAAACAAAUUCCAGUCGAGCCCCUACUCGAUGUCGCCCCUCAGCGUGAGCAGUCAACGCUUGCUGCGAUCGCCUCACAAGGCCACACGAAAAAUCUCUCGGAUCCCUUUCAAAGUCCUCGAUGCCCCCGAACUCCAGGACGAUUUCUAUUUAAAUCUAGUCGAUUGGUCCGUACAAAAUGUCCUUAGUGUCGGUCUCGGUAGUUGUGUUUAUUUAUGGUCGGCAUGUACUAGUCAAGUGACGAGACUUUGCGAUUUAUCGGCCGACGGUAACGUCGUGACGUCGGUGGCGUGGAGUGAAAGAGGACAUCUAGUGGCAGUGGGAACACAUCACGGUUAUGUUACAGUAUGGGACGUAGCCGUCAAUAAACAAGUGAAUAAAUUGCAAGGACAUUCGGCGAGGGUGGGGGCGUUGGCCUGGAAUGGGGAUGUUUUGAGUUCGGGGAGCAGGGAUAGGCUCAUCUUGCAAAGGGACACGAGAACACCACCCACCGUGACUGAACGCCGCCUCGUGGGUCACCGACAGGAAGUGUGCGGCUUGAAAUGGUCACCCGACAACCAAUAUUUGGCUUCCGGUGGUAACGACAACCGACUCUACGUAUGGAAUAUGCAGUCUUUGUCCCCAGUUCAGACAUACACCGACCAUCUAGCGGCAGUAAAAGCAAUCGCGUGGUCCCCACACCACCACGGCCUCCUCGCCUCAGGUGGCGGAACGGCCGAUCGAUGUAUCAGAUUUUGGAAUACUCUGACCGGUCAGCCGAUGCAAAGCGUGGAUACGGGGUCGCAAGUGUGCAAUUUAGCCUGGUCUAAACACAGUUCGGAGUUGGUUUCAACACAUGGAUAUUCGCAAAAUCAGAUUUUAGUGUGGAAGUAUCCGAGUUUGACUCAAGUGGCGAAACUGACAGGACAUUCGUAUCGAGUGUUGUAUUUGGCUUUGUCGCCAGAUGGCGAGGCGAUUGUCACAGGGGCCGGUGAUGAGACUUUACGUUUUUGGAACGUUUUCAGUAAAGCAAGGUCACAGAAGGAAACGAGGUCCGUUUUGAGUUUAUACACUGGCAUACGCUAGGAAUUUUUCAAUUAUAUAUCAAGUUUAUAUAAUUUUGCUAUUACUUUAUACAUAUUGUUAUUUAUAAUAAAUAUAUUUAUUUUGUUUUAUAUUAAAAUUGCGAUUUGACAUAAGCGUCAAGUGGGCUUGAUGUGCGUGUGGUUUGUUUGAUUUUGGUCCGUGUUUUGUAAAAUGAUAAAAAGUACAAGUGUAAAUAAAGAUUUCACAAGUAA